GUAAACCACAAUCGAGUCUCCGAGUCUGGAUUUCAAUCGUGACCAACUGCUGCACGCCGACGAAGUCAAGUGUGUGGAAGGGGCUUCAUGUUUGCACGCUGCUCGGUUCGAGCAUCGAGCAACCUGCAGAAUGCUCCAAGAUGGGCUCCCACUAGUAUAAGACACUGUACUACUCGCUGGAACUCUUCCACGUCGAGCGGAUCGCAACCGUCUCCGGAUGCGCAAGGUCCUAGUACCACUUCGAGAUAUGCCUCGCGUAGGCUCAUUUUCGUCCUCUGUUCCGGCGUCGGUCUCAUAGCAGCCUGGCAGGUCUAUAACUUGUACGCCGGGGACAGCUCCUUCGUCCCAUUUCUACUCGAGUCAAAAGACCGCGUCUCGUCGACAGCCAGCAUAUUUCACCUUAAACCCAAGCGAGCCAACGAAGAUUUCGAGCGGUACAACGACGCCUGGAGAAGAGGGAUAUGGAACGUUCACUUCAAGCAACCACAAUUACAAAUUGUGCGAGCCUACACACCGCUCCCGCCCAUAGCCGACGAUAGCAACACACAACGACAAGAAUUGAGGUUUUUGAUCAGGAACGACCCUCAUGGCGAGGUAUCCAGUUACCUACACCGGCUGCCUCCUGGUGCUGAAAUUGAGAUGAGAGGCCCAAACAUGGAAUAUGAGAUUUCGCCCGAUGCUCGUCAGAUUGUCUUCCUUGCCGGUGGAACCGGUAUUGCUCCCGCUCUCCAGGCCGCAUACGCUCUCUUUGAAGGAAACAAGACACCGUCAUCGGGGAAUGAAGAUCACCAAAAAUCAAAGAAAAUACAUAUCCUAUGGGCGAACAGACUGCGGGAAGACUGCUUGGGUGGAGUUAGUGACCCUCCGCCCGCAGAAGCUGUGCCUCCCAAGCCGACCUGGUCUGGAUUUUUGACCAAACCGAAGAAAAAGGCUCCUCCGCCGCCGCCUCCAGGCUCGCAAGAGCAAGGCCUUAUGGUUAAGGAGUUGGAAACCCUGCAGAAAAGAUAUCCUGGCCAAGUCACCGUCGAGUACUUUGUUAACGCCGAAGAUACAUGGAUUGACGAAGACGCCGUGUUCCGUGCCCUCUCACGGUUGGAUGACAAGCUCUUCUCCGUUGGGUCUGCUGCGUCGCAGGAACAACGCCAAAUUCUCAUUUCGGGUCCUCCGGGGUUCAUUGCAUAUCUUGCUGGACCUAAAGAAUGGCGGAAUGGCCGCGAGCAACAAGGCUCUGUCAGCCGGAUUGUUGCCCAUGCCAUCUCUAAGAACCCACAUGAUGUCAAGGUGUGGAAGAUAUAGAUUUCUUGUCUCAGUCUAUCUGUCUGCAAUGGUCGACAUGCUUUGCAGCUCAAUUGUGUGUGUCUCCCGGUACUGUAAUACCAGUCUAGACGCCACGCAUAUCUCGAUUGCCUUAUGCAGUUGAUAUCCAAUGUAUUUGUAGCUUAUUACCCCAACAAUGCCGACGCAGCAAGUCCAAAACACCCCGUCUAAAUGUGACCUGUGAGUUCCAUUACUCGGACGAGCAUUAUCAUUCACAGCUUAGCGCCGUGUUGCGCAUUCCUCUCCUUCUUAGCCAUUUCCCUCAGCACCCUCCUAAGAAUCUUACCGGACGGGGACUUCGGAAUGGCAUCCAGAAAGAUGACUCCGCCACGCAAUUGCUUUUGCUGGGCAAGAUUGUUCUUGACAAAGGCUUUGAUCUGGUCAGCCGAGAUUUUCGACUGGUCGGCCACCACGUAGGCUCUGGGCAAUUCGUUGCCGGAUCCAGAU